CCCUUCUUCCUCCCGUCCUUCCCUCCCUUUCACCCCCUUUCAAACCCUAGAAACCCGAUUCCCCUCCCCCCCCAAAACCCUAACCCUAGCUCCCCCCGCGCCUCCUCGCUUCCUUCCUACCCUUGCGGCCGCCCCGCCUGACGGGGCUCCUCGCGGACCUAGGGUUUUGCGCGCUUUCCCCUCAGGCCCGCCCGACCCCCUUCGUCGCGAGUGUGGGGUGUGGGGGUGUGUGGGGGAGGGGAGGUGGAGAGGAGAUGAGAUGAGGCGGCGGGGCGGCGGCGGCGGUGGUGGUGCUGCUGAUGGCCAUGAGUAGGCUCUCCUUCAGGCCGCGGCCGCUCGACAUCCACAAGAAGCUCCCGAUCCUCAAGUCGGCGCGGGAGUUCGACGACGAUGACCCCACGGCCGCGGCGGUCGCGGUCGCAAGGGCGGGGGUGCUGCUGCGGCAGUCCGGCCCGGAGCUCACUGCCGCCACUGCUUCUGCCGCGGAGGGAGAGGGAAACCCAACACCCACUAAGAAGAAUGUUCAAGAGAUACCAACGCCUCAGUUUGAUGCUGUGGACACCUAUGAAAGGGACUACACCCGGACCUUUGCACAACCAACCUGUUAUAUACGUGGAAGAGGAGCCAGAGCUGAGAUUGGUGAAUUCGUCGAGUAUGAUCUGGACAAUGAAGAUGAAGACUGGCUUGAAGUUAUCAACAAUGACCGGAAGAAUCUUAACCCUGAAAAGUUGGAGGUCCUCCUAUUCAAGUUGGAAAUUUUGGAUCACAAAGCUCGAGAAAGAGCAGGAGCCAUAACACCAACUUUCAUAGGACCUGUACCAGUCCUCUUGCAGCUUGAUGCUGCAAUGGAGGCUUUGCAGUACUUAUCUGUUCGGUAUGGAGUUUUCCAAGCUGUAUAUGAUUAUUGGAAAGAAAAGAGGGAACGAUGGCAAAAGCCUAUUCUCCGGCGUUUGCAGCCUCCUCCACCAGUGAAUGAUACGAACCCUUAUAAUGUAUUCAGACCAAGAGAGAAGGCACAUCGACUUCAUACAAGAAGGAUGCAAAGACGAGAAAAUAAUUUUCAAUCAUUCGAAAAACUUCGCCUGGUGCGGCGCAACUUGGACCAGGCAAAGGCCCUUAUGGAUGCUUUGGUUAAGAGGGAAGAGACAAAACGGGAGUCCAUGGAAUGCGAGGUCAACCUUCAGCGCAUUCAGAUGAAAUAUAAGCAUGAAGCCCAACUUGUUGAUGAAGGGACUGCAUUGUCAGGCUUCCAGCAAGUAUCUAGUAGAUUCGGAUCAAGUGAAGAUGAUUAUGCGGAUUCAGAUGACACAACAACUGAGCAACCAUAUGUUCGGCCACCUGUUUUCCGUCAUCGAUUCCCUGAUCACAAGCUAUCCGUAAUCCCUACAUUGCGCAUAAAACGUGACCGCGAACUAAAAAGGAGACCGCAGCAGAAUGGCUGGGUGUUUAAAAGAGAUCCUGAGGAGCCAGUACUGUUAUUCACAAGACCAUUGGAUCCUGAGAAGUUGGUAGCAGCAGGUAUCAAACCACCACCAGAUCCUCCCAUUGAGAAUGGUGCAACCAUGCCACCAUUUCGUUGCCGGGGUAGGAUUGGACGAGGAGGUCGCAUCAUCUUUGAUCGAUGGAACCCUCUUCUGCAAACACCAAUUGGGCAGGAAACUUCAUAUUAUGUACCAUAUAGUCAUAGGCCUCCAACACCUGAAAGUUAAAGCAAUUAGCUAUCCCCACGCACUACUUAUGUGACCUAUGCAGCUAGCGAGAAGUGAAGCACACGAGCAAUUGAUCGUACUAAGGUAUAAUCUUGGACGGAAAGGUCAAAAGUUUCUGGAUAAGUUACAGCAGGCUCAGUUCUCCUUGAAUACUGGGUGUGGCCAGUGCUAACAUUUCUCUUCUGAUCUGGCUCAAAUCAUCUUGUCGCAGCUGUUGUAAAAUUAUAUGUAGGUGAAAGAGUAGGGCAAUUUUUUUUGGUCUAAUCUUGGCUUGUAGGGUCAGUAUCUAACAUCGUGAGCUCUCAUUGAUUAUUCAUUUGGAGAAGAGGAAAUCCUUCUCAUCGAUAAAUCAAACUCCUGUAUAAUGUUUCAACACUGGUGCAUUUGUAUUCAACCAACGUGCACGUGUAUAUACUGUAAUCCAAUGACAUGUGACUAGGUUAGGUAGAGGUAGGGCAUGGAGAUGGGAUAUGUGAAACAAUAAUGCAUGAUCUUGUGUUGAAACGUUGUAUUAUCUUAUGUUAUAUCCUCUACUGUCCA